AUGAAGUUUACGAGCACUAUUGCAAUCCUUGGGCUCAGCGCCUCCGCCCUUGCCCGUGGGCAUACCAAGCGUAGCGGUAGCAACGGCAAAAUAAUUUACGAAUGCACGAAGCCCGGCGUCGUCGCAGUUACCUUUGAUGACGGCCCCAGCAACUUGACCGACCAGCUUCUCGACAUUCUGGCCAAGGCGGGAGCCAAAGUCACCUUUUUCCUGACUGGCGUCAACAUCGAGCCUCACCGGGAGGUCGUCGCCCGCGCCCACCGCGAGGGCCACCAGCUCGCCCAGCAUACGUGGUCGCACAAGCACAUGUCGGAGCUCAGCCCCCAGGAGCGCGCUGACGAGAUGCUCCGGCCCGAGGCGGCCUUUGCCAAGAUUCUCGGCCUUUUCCCGACGUACAUGCGCCCGCCGUAUGGCGAAUGCAACGCCGACUGCGAGGACCAGCUCGGCGAUCUCGGCUACCACGUCAUCAAUUGGAACAUUGAUACUAAUGAUUUAGACUGGCGCGGCAAUAUGGACAUGUCGAAGCGCAUUGUUGACACGAGGUUGACAAAAGACGUCAGCGGCCCUAUCGUGUUGGCGCACGACAUGAAACACACAAUCGAGAUCUUGGCCGCCCAUAUCAUCAGCACCGCCAAGGCGCACGGCCUGAAAAUGGUUACGUCGCUGCCCGCUGAGAUCUUUGGAUAUAUUAUCCGUCACCUCGACCUGCCUGACCUGGCUAGUUUGCGCAGCAUCUGCCGCUGGAUGCAAAGAAUCUUGGUGCUCCUGAUUUUCCGAUCCGUCACAGUCCGCGAGUUGAGGCUGGUAAUUAGGUAUCAUGGUUUUGGCGACUGGAGAUGCCAGUAUAUGGAAAAGGAUACCGCAUUGCCGGAUGCGGAAACAUGCUAUGCUGUGGUGCUCCCAAGCGGCGGGAUUCCCAACAGUUUGAAAGGGCUCCUAGGUGAUAACAACCUACUGUUGAACCUGGGAAGCGUCGUGGUCGAGUUCCCCGGCAGUGUCGGCGCCAUGGAAUCUAUCGCGGCGACAAAAUUGGGACGACCGCUUUUCGGACCUGGCCCAACCAGCGCGCAAAGCCACCGGCCGUCACCCACGCCAUCGCUGAUUGCGAGGUCGCGGCUUGCGACUCGGCGAGGCGGGCGUUUCCGUGCGAGUUUGUACUGUUGUCGCGCGAGGGUUGGAAAGAUUAUGUCGAGUGGCACACUACGUCUGUUCGUCAGGUGUCAGAUCAGCUGGCAUUACGAUGAAAUCGUCGACUUUGUUGGUAGGCUUUGCGGCUGGCGCCGGCCGGCCGUCGAUACGAACUGUUGGCCCCAUCUCCCAGAAGUCCUCAUCAAGAACCUGCAGUUGAAGCAUUUGGAAUUUGCAGCUGCGCAAACAGCUGCUUCUGAUGCUGCGUUUGACGUGAUUUGGUUGCCUCAGGCGUAUAAAGGCCCUGUGCCCCCGGUGCAGGGAUGA